GAGCGCGAGGAGAGGUCGCGGCCCGAAUCAAACUCAUCCAACAAACACACAAGCGCUUCCGUUCAUACAAGCACAAUCACAUCGAGAAGAGUGUUUGCUUACUCACUUGCCAGCCAGUGAUCCUUUCCGAACAGAACAGAAAAAGACUGACUUUUUGUUUGAUUCGUUACUUUUUCUUUCUACUAUUCCUCCUCCUCUGUUAACACUCUGUUAAGACUUAACCAAUGUGUUCGAAGAAACCCGAAGACUGCUAGACCGUGUCAGUAUUACUCAUUAAUUUCGACUAGGGAUUAUCGUUAACCGAGUUGCCAAGUUACCAUCACCACAACAACAACAACAACAAACAAACAAAUAACAAUAACAAAAUGUCAGCAUCACCAAUGGCGAGGCAGGUCACGGAGAACAAGUCCAUCCCGAGGCGGGUCAUCAUAACCGAUCCCAGGGACCUUCCGGCCGACUACUCCUCCACCCCCGGAGGCACCCUCUACUCCACAACACCAGGAGGUUCGAAGAUCGUGUACGAAAAGUCUUUCCUGAUAAACCUGAGGAAUUCUCCGAUCUCGAAGACGCCACCCAAAUGGGACAUCCCCGAGGACCUGAUGCGCGGCAGCGGUAACGACAAGAAGGCGAAAUCUCCGUCGGCGUUGAAACAGUCGGCAAGGAACAACAACAGUGGUCACCAACAGAAGACGCGCACUUUGAGCGUAUCCGACGAUCAGGACCAAUUCCAAAUGGACAUGUGAGGCGCGAUAUGCGAUGCCGAACGAAUGCAGUUAUUAUUAUUAUCAAUCACAAUAAUAACAGUAACAAGAAGAAAAGAACUUUAACAAUUAAUUGUUUACCAAAAAAAAAAAUUUAUAAUAAUCAAAAAGUGUAUGAAAGUUUUGUGCUGCUGAGCAGGAGAUGAUGAUGAUGAGUGUGUGUGAUGCGAUUCCGUUUUUGCCGAAUCGCACCGAAAGUGAAUUUAUAUAAUUGUUGUUCGUUUAUAUUUUACAAGAAGAGACUUUUAACUUCGCCUAUUCUGUAUAACCA